CCUUUCUCUUAGCAGCUCAUCCAUUUCUCUCACAGCCCCCCAAAUAUCCGUCUUUAAGCUAAGAGGGCCAAAAUGACCACUAGAUUCAAGAAGAACCGGAAGAAGCGCGGCCACGUGAGCGCUGGCCAUGGGCGUAUUGGCAAGCAUCGGAAGCAUCCAGGAGGUCGCGGUAACGCCGGUGGCAUGCACCACCACCGGAUCCUUUUUGACAAGUACCAUCCUGGGUAUUUUGGAAAAGUCGGUAUGCGAUAUUUCCACAAGUUGCGUAACAAGUUCUACUGCCCCAUCGUCAACAUCGACAAGCUCUGGUCGUUGAUCCCCCAGGAAGUGAAGGAUAAGGCGAGCAAGGACAAUGUGCCCAUAAUCGAUGUCACUCAGCAUGGCUACUUCAAGGUAUUGGGGAAGGGCGCCCUGCCAGAGAAUAAGCCGAUUGUCGUGAAAGCGAAGCUGGUUUCCAAGAUUGCCGAGAAAAAGAUAAAGGAGAAUGGUGGGGCUGUUGUUCUUACUGCUUAAGCUGUUCUAUUCUGAUCACUUUAGAUAUUAUUUUUCAAGUGUUUACAGUUUGAUGUUAAUGGGUACUUUUUAUGGUUGAUGAUGAUACUUUUUGGUUUAAAUGGAUAUGAAUCACUUUCCCAGAGCUUA